AUAAGAAGAAAAGGGAGCGACAUUGCUUCAAGCCAAAAAAACAAAGAACAAAAAAUGGAGGAAAAAUGGGUUCGAGCAAUUGUAUUGUUGGUUUUGGUAAGUGGAUGGUAUUGUUCUUGUUGUUGUGGGUGUUUGGAGGAAGAGAGAAUUGCCCUCUUAAACCUCAAACAUUCAAUCCCUCCCCCAACCGACUAUGUUCUAGCAUCUUGGGGUGGGCAUGGUGAUUGUUGUAAUUGGGUUGGGAUUGAAUGCAACAUCACAACAAAGAGAGUGUUUCAGCUAUCUCUUAAUUAUACUAGGGGUUGGGAUGUUGAGGGUUGGUAUAUGAAUUCUUCUUUGUUUUCACCCUUGGAAGAGUUGAAGAGUCUUUUCUUGACGGGCAAUAGCAUUUUUGGCUUCAUGAAGAAUGAAGGUCUAGAAAAGUUGUCAAGCUUAAGCAAUUUGGAGGUUCUUGAUUUGAGUAAUAAUCAAUUAAACAAUAGCAUCCUAUCAUCAUCUUUGGCAAGUCUUUCAUCCUUAAAAGUGUUAAAUCUAGCAGGCAAUCAAAUGGAAGGAAGUCUCCAUGUUCUGGGUAAUCUUUUACAUAACAUAACCAAUUAAUCUGAUACACUUUAAGAAAUGAGGCAUAAUAUCCAAUUUUAACAUCAUUACGUUUCUUAAGGGACUUGAAGCUACUCAUUAAUUACUUGUAAAUGCACAAAGAAUGCUUAUUACUCACAAAUCCUAUGUGUAGGUGUUAAAAGACCAUUGGUACUAAGUAAUUUGGAAGUGCUUGAUUUGAGUGAUAAUUCUUUCAACAACAUGAUUUUAUCUUCCCUAAAAGGGCUUUCAUCUCUCAGGAGUCUCCAUUUGCGUUCGAACAAAUUAAAAGGAAUACUAAAUAUUAAAGGUAGAUCAAUUUUUUCACUUAUUUUUUGUUUACAUCAAUCAAUGUAUAUCCUUCUAAUGAAAUCCUUUUUUUUCGUCGUUGGAAUUUAAUUGAUUUCAUUGUGUCUUUGUGACUACCAGAAUUAGUUGGUUUAAAUGAGUUGAAGGAGCUUGAUUUAAGCUACAAUAAUGUGGAAAGUUUUGUGGCUCCCAAAGGUACUAAUGAAAGUAGAAAUGUGUUUAUGAUGAGGCCCCAUCAUUCUCUUCAUUUCAUCAAGAAAUAUCCUAAAAGAAUUAGAAAGCUUGAUCUAUUAGUUUCAUACUCAAUAAUUUUUUGAUGAAACAAUGAACCCUUUUGUAGGCGUUAAAAGACCACUGGGCCUAAGUAAUUUAGAAGUGCUUCAUCUGUACAAUAAUUCUUUCAGUAACACAACUUUAUCUUCCUUAAGAGGGCUUCCAUCUCUCAAGAUUCUUGAUUUGAGUAAGAACAACUUAAAAGGAGUGCUAAAUGUUGAAGGUAGAUCAAUUGUUUCACUUAUUUUUUGUUUUCAUCAAUCAUUUUAUAUACUUCUAAUGAAAUCCUAUUUCUUUUCCUUCAUUGUAAUUUAACUGAUUUCAUUUUGUUUUUGUGACUGCCAGAAUUAGUUGGUUUAAACAAGUUGAAGGAGCUAGAUUUAGGCAACAAUAAUGUGGAAAGUUUCGUGGCUCCAAAAGGUAAAAGGAGA